AUGAGGGUUCGGAUAAGGGGCCCAUCCGGCAAGUCCAGCACAGUCAGCCUUGAUGAAUCUGCCACGGUAGAGACGCUUCAAAAGACCAUCAAAACCGAGACAUCACUAUCUUCAUUCGAGGUCAAAUAUGGCUACCCACCAAAAACACUGUCGCUCGAUCAACUGCCGCCUUCAAAGCUCCUUUCAGAACUCGACUUCAAAUUGAAUGGCGAGCAGCUGAUUGUUAAUGAAGUCAAAUCACCAAGUCAGAAGGGCGACACUCAACCGACCUCGCCAGAUGCACUCCAAAGCGCCCCAAGACCAGCUGAUUCCUCAAGGCACCACAUCCCUCCGCCGACAGCCUUCUCCAGCACCUCCAAAGCGGCGCCCAAGUCCCAGGAAGCCUCGGCAGCGGCACUGUCACUGUCGCGGAAACAGAAUCCGGAAAUGGCAGAUCCACCCGAGAUCUGGUGUCCAGAUCUGCAAGGCACCUUAGUCUUACGCAUCAUGCCAGACGACAAUUCGUGUCUUUUUAGAGCCGUUGCCAGUGCCGUCCUGUCAGAUAUGGACGCAGUCACGGAGCUACGGUCGAUCAUUGCGCAGAGCAUCCAAGCCAACCCUGAAAAGUACACCAAGGCUAUUCUGGACAACAAAGAACCCGAUGCAUAUUGCCGGUGGAUCCAGACCGAGGAUGCUUGGGGGGGACAAAUUGAACUUGAUAUUCUCAGCCGGCAAUUCGACGUCGAAAUCUGCAGCAUCGAUGUGCAGAGCUUACGAGUGGACAGGUACAAUGAAGAUGCAACAAGCCGUUGUUUUAUUGUAUACUCUGGCAUCCAUUACGAUACAAUCGCUCUAAGCGUGCACGGUGAACCGCCGGAGGCCGACGUCAAGCAGUUCAUCCAACCACUUUCUGACGAGGUUCUGCCACAUGCUGUCGCCUUGUGCAAGAAACUGCAGGCGAAGCACUAUUACACCGACACUGCUGGAUUCAAGCUCAGAUGUAACGUUUGCGGAGCUACGUGUACGGGAGAAGCUGGGGCAACGAAACAUGCAGAACAGACAGGGCAUAUGGAUUUUGGAGAAGCUGCUUAA